CACACGCGUGCAGCUGUGCGGGGCUGUGACGGUCGGUGCGUGCGUGCGUCUCCCUCUCCCCCCCUUCGUCGUCGUCGGGCACCCGCAGCAUCAGCAACACAAAAGGGUGGAAGAAGGAGCAGAAGGAGCCGAGCUGCCCUCAGUGCUGGAGCGGAAGGAGCAGGACGAACAAUAAGCCAAGGUGCGCAGUGAUCAUGGCAACGGACGCCGUGGAAAAUAAGCAUGAUAUGCUUUUAGAGGUAACCGAAUCCAAAGGCCCAGAGAGAAGACGACAGGGCAAAUUCCAGCCCUUCAGACGACUGUUUGGGAAGAAGAAGAAGGAGCGGAAGGCGAAAGGGGGCUUUGAUGGAGCAGAGCUGAAGGCGAGUGUUUCUACUGGGGAAGUGUCCAAUGGACUCGUAUCUGAUGAUGAGGAGUCCAAUCAAAAUCUGAGGGGGUUGAAUCCCAUCGGCUCUCGAGCUCUCUCACACGACAGCAUCUUCAUCCCAGAGGAGCCGGCGACAGAGCCCGGUCUGGAUCACAGCAUGUCCCAGGAAAACGUAUCGGAUAAGGUUCGGAAUCUGCAGAGGCAGAUAGCACAAGGUAUAAAGUUUGGCCAGAGGCCGUCUUCCCUGAGAAGGAGUGAGGGAGAUGAGGGAAGUUCAGACGAGGAAGAGAUUCCCCGGAGCCCUCUGAAGGUGUUGGCCCAGAUGGAGGCCGAGCCACAAAAAACAGAACCAAAGCAGCAGGUGCAAGGGGCUCAGGCACACACCACCCCAGUGAAGUCCCCGAGAUCCAAACGAGUUCUUCCACCCACUGGUACGAUUGAGUCCAUCAAUCUGGACGCCGUCCCGCAGUCUGCUCCUCGCUUAGACAACACAGCUGCCAAGCAUAAGCUGUCCGUCAAACCAAAAAACCAGAGAAUCUCUCGCAAGCAUCGACGCGUCACACAGGAGCUCCAAGACAUUUCCAUCCCUGGCGUUCUUCAAGAGGACCUGGAGGCAGCAGGAGGGUCUAGUGAUGACCAGCGCAGGGCGUCUGUCGAGUCCCUAGAUGGCUUCAAGAAACAGAGACUCCAUGAGGAGGAAAGACAGGAGACAAGGAGGAAGAGAGAGCUGGAGGAGCAGAGGCUCAGACAGGAUGAAGACGAGAGGAGGCAGAGGGCGGAGGAGAUGAGGCUGCGUGAACUAGAGGAGGAAAACGAGAGGUGUCGUAAAUGGCAGGAGGAGGAAGAGAGAAGGCUUCGAGAGGAGGCAGAGAGAAAGCUGAGGGAGGAGGAGGAGGAGAGGAGGAUUAGAGAAGAGGAAGAAACUAGGCGGCGAGAGGAGGAGGAGAGGAACCAGAGGGAGGAACAGGAAAGGAGAAUGCGAGAAGAGGAGGAGCAUCGACAGAGGGAGGAGGAGGAGGGGAGGAGGCGACUGGAAGAGCAGAGGAGGAAAGAGGAGGAGGAAAGGAGGAGGCGUGAGGAGAAAGAAGAGGCUGAGAGAAGGAGGAAGCUGAGAGAGGAAGAGGAGAAAAGAAAAAAGGAGGAGGCUGAGAAGCUAAGGUCGCAAGAGAUGGAGGAAAAGAAAAAGAUGGAGGCAGAGGAGAGGAUGAGAAAGGAGGAGGAGCAAAGGAGGAUGUUUGAGGAUGCUGAUGGAAGCUCAGAUCCACAGGAGAGGAAGAGGAGGGCCGAGGAGAUGCGAUGGAGGGAGAUGGAGGAGAGACAGAGGCCCUUCUCUUUCAAGGUUUCUUCUGGAGAAAAGCAGAUUUUGUUCCAGAAGGUCAAUCUAUCGCCUGUUACGCCGGCCUCCGGCUACCAGAGUGGUGCUGUGGCUGAACAGAGAGAUGGAGCUAAGGCCUUUUCCUCUGAGGGACCAGAAUCCCCCAACCUGCCAGCAUCUCCAUAUGUCCCCCACACAGCCAUCUUAGUGACGGGCGCCCAGCUCUGUGGGACGGCCGUCAAUUUAGACCAGAUUAAAGACACAGCCUGUAAGUCUCUGCUGGGUCUGGGGGAGGAUAGAAAGGCCCAGGGUACACCGCCAACCAAGAGUAAAACGUCACCGGACCGCAAGUCUGGCAAAACCAAAUCACUCAAUGAGUCUGCACUCUCUACAGACAAAACCAGUGCAGCCGUCCUGGCAGAGUGGGCGAGUAUCCGAUCCAAGAUAUUCAAGGGGGUGGAAGAUGGCAAGUAUGACGACUACCCAGACGUGAACAGAAACCAGCCUCAGCCCGGCAGCGAGGACCAGCCCGCGCUCUCCCACACCAACCUCAGGAAGACCAUGUCUGCCAGCGCCAAGUUCUCCAUCACCCCUGCGAAGAAGAAGUUUGGAGAUUCAAACAGGAACUCUGAGGUGUUAAGUGCUGACGCUAAGGAAGCGGAAGAGGAAGCUACUUUGUCUGACAGCCCCACUGCUGAAGUCUCUCCAGCUCCAACCAGCAAACCUCAGAGCAAGACAAGUAAAACCGUCCGCAUCGUAGAAAGAGGGUCAGAGGAAUGUAUGUUUGCCAAAGACCUCCCCUCUUUCCUGGUUCCCAGCCCUGGAGCCAAGUCUGACGGGGCAGAGCUGAGGAGCAGGGCCCAGAGUGAGAUAGUGAUGUCUGAAAGUAGAGAGGAGGGAGAGGAGCAGGGCCAGGGCAGUGAGGAUAAGGCCUCACCUUUUGGAAUAAAGCUGAGGAGGACUAACUUCUCCCUGCGUUUUCACAGCGAACAGUCCACUGAGAAAAGGAAGAAACGCUAUAGUGCUGGCGACAGCUUUGACGGCGUCCCUUCACCUCUCACCCCCAUCGAGCCCGACCUUGAUGCAUGCUCUGUCUUCUCUGACAAAUCAAGUCCUGCGUCUCCCCAGCAAGAAGGCGCGAUCUGCAAGUUCUUACAUGCGUGUGCCUCCCCCGUCGGCCCUCGGGCUAAACAGGGAAAGUCUACCAGCCCAACCGCACGCAGCGAAAGUGAGACAGUGCUUUCAAAACCACCGAUCUACCGAAGACCAACCACGUCACCCAGGUCUACCGGAUCAGUCCCGACUCCUCCCCCAUCGCCGCUGCCUAAAGUGGUCCACGCGCCUCCCAGUGAUGCUCUGAUCCAGAGAACAGGAGGCAGGGAUUCAUCCAGCCAGGAGCCAACAAGCAGGAGCGAGGAACCUUCAGCGGUGGCCCACUUGCACCGGAGCAGUCAUGGCCAGGUCCAAGGGGAGGAGGAGGUGAAGGAGAAGAGAUCCUUCUUCCCCUCUAUCAACAUCCCCUGGAGGGAGAAGGCGGACAGAAAGACAGAGCUCAUCAGAAAAGAAAAACCGUCCCUGCAGAGCAGACACUCACUGGACAGUGCCAGGGUGCAGGAGAAGGAGGCCGGACCCUUGUGGAUCACUCUGGCUCUGCAGAAGCAGAAGGGCUUCAGGGAGCAGCAGCAGAACCGAGAGGAGCAUCGUACCCAAAGAGAGGCCAAACAGGCUGUGAAACAAGCUCGAGAGAGAGACAGUGUUACUCUGCUGAGUCCCACGGAGAGCAAAGGCAGUGGGAGUUGUAGUCCUUCUAAACCUCAGACACCAGAGGAGCCCAAGAGACCCGACAGCCUCUUCGGUCGUUUAGAGCGCAAAGAACAACUGAAAAAAGCCAACACUUUACCCAGCUCUGUCACUGUUGAAAUCGCUGACUCUACACCGUCGCCACCUGCUGUCAAGGAGGUGUCAAAGCGCUUCCCCUCCAGUGACUCUCCGCAGGUGUCCACGGAGCCGGCCUGGCUGGCCCUGGCCAAGCGGAAGGCCAAAGCCUGGAGCGACUGUCCUCAGAUCAUCAAAUAACAUCCUGUCCCAGCUUCACAGUCACUCACACACACACACUCACAGUCUGCACACUGCCCAGAGUCAGCGUCACCCCUCCCCUCCCAAAACCUCCAGAUCCCACCAAUCACCAUGACAAAGCCCCCCAUCGCCUCAUAACCACACACACUGGCUGGUACUAUUAUCACGUUAAAGUGCGCUUCACAUUCAAAUAACCCAGUACAACUGCACAGAUAUAUUUAAACAACUGCUGCGAGCAUGCACAUCCUGUAUACAAAUACACAAUGUAUAUGUCCCGACAAGGCCCAGUCCUCAGCAGCCAAUCACAACCAUGGCUGGCCAUUGCAAUAGCCAACCCCCAAUUUCCUUUUUUUAUUUUGUAGGCAACUGUGUCACCAUGGUUGUGAAUAAAUGUGUGUGAAGCUCUCACAUGUGACAGUGUUUCAUCAGCAGAGGGUAACUGUCAGAAGUGUGUUUCAAGGGCUACCAGUAACAAUACUACUCAACAUGAGCCUGCUGAAUCUGCUUGUGGACGACUGAUGGAAUCGUCGCGGACUCUUAAUAUUUACGUGAAGCGGCAGAUUUGUGUUUGUGUUGAAACAAAAACUGUAUCUCUACUCUGAGCCUGUUUGUCAUGUACAAAAGAAGAAGCCUUUUAUUUCUCUUUUUUUUACUCAUACUGGAAAAACUUAGCGUUACAACAACUCUCACUGUGUCCGUGAUAACUGUGAUAGCUGUCAAACAAGCUAUUGUACAAUUUUGCCAUUAUAAAGGGACAGGAUCAUAAUCACACGGUGGGUGCACCUAAACACAGCACUGAAGACCACAAGUGUUACUGGGCAUUUUACAGUGAGCCGCGCACUUUCCUUGCGGCCGUGUCAUGACGUAAACUGGAUUUGUUUGCUUUGCUAAACGGAGAUAGACACAACGCCUGCCUGCUGUAACAUAGGAUUCUUGUAGCCGUCCUCCUGUAACACACCGUUUGUAGGCUUACGCCAUCACUUCCUCGUAAAUGUGAUAUGAACUUCUUACAUGACGUAACAGAAAAAAAGGAAACCUCCAGCAUUCUCAUUUCCUGCCACUCACUUAAUGAUCUGUAUAUGUAUGUAAGUAUGUACUGUAUGUUAAAUCAAAAGCUUCAGUCAGAGGGGAGAGGCCCCUGCGCCUGAGUCACUUUGUCAUUUUGUUUCUAACUAUGGUCGUGCACAAUAGUGUAGUGUACGCAGUGUUAUACGUAACAAAAAAAAUGUUUGGUAUUAUUUGCACUUUUUUGUCCCACUUAGAGGUAUUCAUGAGAAAAUUCUUAAAGAGAAACAAAAUGUUAUGAAUAAUGUAAAUUAAAUACUGAUGUCUGAA